CACACCGAAACCACAUAGGCUACAGUGCGCAUGGCAUCGGAGUGCAGAUCCUUUAACAACUCGGUUAUCAGGUGUUACUUAAACAAGCGAACUUUAGUACAUUUUAGUGUCUGUUGAUUGUGAUACCUGGACUGGAAAAUUCAUACGUUUUGGAGAUGAGAAGUUCAUAAUCGAACAGCUGGGAGAGUUUCGUCUGAUUUGCUAUCCAGUACAAUGAUGGAACAGGAAGAACUACUGGACUUCAAAGCCCUAAGGGCAAAGUUCCAGCAAGAAGAUGCCCUGAAGCUGAUAAAUAAACCUGCCAUUCCGCAAAAGCCAAAAGUCAUCCCCCCUCCCCCUACUGGCACGCGUGCAUCUGCAUCUCUCAUUUCUUCCAUCAACGCAGCUGUGGAGAACAGAAGGGCGCCCCGUGUGGUCUUCAAAGAUGACAAGCGGCCGACCUCGAAACCCACGUCCCCGCAGUCGGCGGCCCCCAAAUCCAAAGACAAAGAAACCGUCGUAAAGCCGGAGCUUGUUGACAAGAAACAGAAGAAAGAGGCGGACCUUAUCAUGCAGGCGAUGAAAGAUAAGAAGCUGCCCAUGGUCCUCCCAGUGGCCGUGCCGGCCCCAGCUCCUGAGCCUGUAUCCCCAACACAGCCAGCCAAACCUCCCACCCCCAAGAAGAAGGGGAUUUUCACCUUCAAAAAGCCUCUAAAGCCUCCAAAAGUCAAGGCAGGAAGUGUCGAUAGUGUAUCACCCCCAAUCUCCCCAAGCCCACCCAGUCCACCAUCCAGUGCCUCCACCCCAGUGGUUGAUGUACCUGUGGUUCAGAAAGCUCUCCUCCCUCCCAUCCCAGUCAUACCUACACCUCCCAGUAGUCCUGACCCAGUCGUCACAGAGGCAGCCAUAGCUGCUCCUGAUGUUCCACCACUGGACGUUCCAGAAAUCUCUCCCCCAAGCAUUCCAGAGCCAGAGGUUCCUGCCCCUGAAGAUGCUGCACAGCAUAUUCCUGAGCCAGAACUUCCUGCUUUUGAAACCCCUCAAGAACCUUUGUCUGUUCUUGAUGUGGAAAGUUCUACCCCUGAAAUUGCCGUAGAGGCCAUUCCAGAGCCGGACAUCCCAGCUCCAGACAUCCCAGCUCCAGACAUCCCAGCUCCAGACAUCCCAGCUCCAGACAUUCCAGCUCUAGACAUUCCGACCCAAAUUGCUCCUGAGGUAGCAGAGGUACCAGAAAUAGACUUUUCUGUAUCAGACAUCCCAGCUCCAGAAAUGUCUGUUCCAGAUGAGCCAGUUUUGGAGAUUUCAGCGUUAGAUAUUCCAACCCCAAUCAUCCCGCCUCCAGAAAUUCCAGACUCUGAUGCUCCUGAUCCAGAAAUUUCAGAUCUAGUUAUCCCGGAUCCUGUCAUUCAAGAUGUGGAUAUUACCGACCCCAGUAUUCCAGAUGUGGCCUCUCUUGAUCCACCAGCCUCCUUUUCACCCACCCCCUCAAUUCCAGCAUCUGUCAGUCUGGUUGUAUCUCGAACUCCCUCUCCUGAACAAGUCGCUUCUCCUGAACAAGUUGCCUCUCCUGAACAAGUUGCCUCUCCUGAACAAGUUGCCGUACCUGAGCCAGCUUCCUCCCCCCUUCCUCCAGAGUUGCCCCCGGCACCUGUAGAAUUUGCUGAAGUGGAGGAGGAUGCUGCUUUAGAAACACAACAGGAAAGUGGUAGCGCUUCCACAGAAGAAAUGCCCGAGGAACCUCGGUCUCCCACCCCACCCAAACCUGUAACGGCCCUCUCGGUUCUGGAGAGAGCAGAGGAGUCCUCCCCUGAGAAACGGACCACGCCUAGUGACCAGAGAAUACUCAACCUGCUGGAAAAGGCCAAGAGGAAACAUGCAGUCAAGGCAGCCAAAACCCCUUCCCCCUCUCUGUCCCCGUCUGUUUCGCCUGUCCCGCCCGUUCCGCCCGUCAGGAUGACCCCCACCCUGACUGACCACACCCCUCCGGUCAGUCCCACACUCUCGCUGCCUGAGCUCCCGCCAGUUGAUUAUGAAAACUCAGCAGAGAAGGCUGGGACAGACCAGGGACGGCCAGUGGCUCUGGUGAACGGUUUCGAUCACAGACAAGUAUCUCCCAUUUUGGAGGAGCCAGCCAUGGAGGAGGCACAAGCAGAGGUUCCCCCAGCCACCCCAGCCAGAAAGCCCUUACCUCCUGUACCAUCUCUGGGCCCAGCCCCUGACAAACCUCAUCUGCCUCCUGUGGUGGACCUCGGCCCUUAUCAACUCAUCAGCCAGAUCCCAGAGCCUCAGGAGGAGGAUGUGGGGAUUCCAGCUCCAGAGGACUUCAGCCCAGAGGAGCCUGCCGUGGACGCCCGGAACCUUUCACCAGUGGUUCCAGAAUGCGAAGACGUUCCAGACAUCGGAACACCAGAGGUGGAAAUUCCCGGGUUCGGAAUCUCUGAGUCAUCCACUCUGGAAGAAGCUGUUGCCAGUGCAGAGCCCGAAACUCCAGAGGAGGCUGCCGGAGCUUUGGAUGAGAUCUAUGAAGACGCAGAGCUUGGAUCGCCAGUGGCCGAGCUCCCAGAGACAGAGGCAGAGGCUGCGGACUCACUAGACUCUCCAGUCAGUCAAAAUGCCGAGAUGCCAAUCGGACCACCACAGGAAAGCCCACCUGAAACUGCCGACCAGACAACCAAUAAGAAAAAAAGCAAGAAGCGCAAGUCCCCACCAAAGAAUCCCUAUGCUGAUUCGCAGGCUGCGCCUGAAGAAACCCAGAAGUCUGGAUGGUUCAAACCCAAAAAAAGCAGCUCUGAGAUUGCUGAAGAAAAGGAACUAAAGAAGAAAGAAAAACAACGAGAAAAGGAGCGUGAGAAAGAGCGCGAGAAAGAGAAGAAAGAACAGAAAGAGAGAGAAAAGAAGGAAAAUGAAAUGAAAAAGAAGUUCAAGAUUACUGGCCAGGAGGAGGCCAUGUACGAGGCAAAGGUCACUGUGGACUGCAAGGGCAAAAACAACGACCUGCCGGUCAAGAGCGGAGACCUGGUCAGCAUCAUUCGUACCACCAACUGCCCGAAAGGGAAAUGGUUGGCCAGGGACAGUGCCAACAAAUAUGGCUACAUCUCCGUGAAGAGCGUGGAGCUGGACAUCAAGGAGAUGAUGGAGCUGGGGAAGAAGGUGAAGACACUGAGUCGUGCCAACGCCACCGGCCAGGAGAACGGAGAGCCCCCAAACCUGGACAGCGGGAUGGCUAACCAGUAUGAACUCAGUCAGAGCUUUUCAGAUGACGACGAGUGGAAUGACGAUGAUGAUCAUGAACCACUCUCUCCUACUGAACUCUCUCAGUCUAUGGACAAUGGACUGUACAGCACGUUGUCCAUUCCAGAUACAGUGAGUCCAGAGCCAGAGUCUCUAGAACAUAACCUGAGUGAUGCCACGGACAACCCACACAUGCAUGCUCGACACGAAGCACUUCAGAAACUGUCUACCUUCUUUACGCCACGUCCUACAUCUGACGACACCACGCCAGACAACAGCCCAGCCACGGAGAACGAGCCAAGCACUGAAGCCCAUUUGACCAGCAGCUUUACAGAGGAAGUUAACCCCGAAGUCCCUGACGCGGAGAUCUUGCCACCGCCAGACCUCUAUGCUGACGUCAUCACUGAGGAAUCUCUAUACACUUAUAGCAAUUAGCUUGCUGUGGAUGUGCAGCGAUAAGAACUCUACUGUGAAUCAUCAGUCAUGUGUCUCUAUACCUGCCUGAGCUGGGUCAACAUGUCAGUCAUGGCUGGGAUGCCUCGGAUGUCACAUGUGCCAAACACUUGCACGGAUUAUAGACUCACACUCUUGCCCUGGAGGGAGGGAAUGGAGUGGACGGGUUCACUUUCCCCUCCGGAGUCUGUCUGAUUAGAGGUUUCGCUGCAAUAGUAGCCACUGUUCUUUACGACGUGUGUUUGGAAAAGCCUUCAGUGAAGUAUGGCUAAGUGAAUUGUCUUGGGACUGGGUCCGGAUAUAGCCCUCACAAGAAGAACCUGUUCCUCGGAAUCCUCUGUGCCCGGUGCAUAGUGGGAAAUCUUGCAGUGAUCUUCCUAGUCUAUGUUCAAAAGAUAUGUCAUUUUUGAUCGAGCUAAUGCAGAGGUGGCUGUGUUCGAAGUGCAUGCUGGUGUAUUAUGUACAUUUUUAUAGCGUUAUGUCUUCUGUGUGUGUGUGUGUGAAAGAGAAAGGGACAGAAAAUGAGAUGGAUAAAUAUGGACCGAGAAUAUAUAUGCUACGUGACUAUCAAUAGGUAUUGAGUCAUUCUAACCUCCAUGGAAUAUCUGUCAGGUGUUUCUAUAUAGAUUGGAUACAUACUUUUGUAUUAAAUAUUCUUUUACAUAUUGUAAUAAACAUGAACUGCAUAGAU